GUUUUUGUUUGUUUGUUUGAUUGUUGCACGGUGUUCCCAAACCUGGAUGUUGACAUCUCGCGUUUCUUUUGGCACGUCGCUCUAUUUUGUGUUUCAGAGAGGAAGCGCUAAUAGAGACAAACGCGGUGACACCUGCUCACCCAUACACUUCUCACUGUCUUUUUUUAACGGAGCUAUCAAAAGAAGCAAGCGCCGACUGAGACGGUGACAGGAGUCUGUUUUCAUGUUCGGGAUUCAAGACAGCAUUCAAAGGAGCGGGAGUAGUAUGAAAGAGGAGCCCAUCAGUGCCGGGAUGAACGCUGUCCGGACAUGGAUGCAGGGUGCCAUCAGUGCCGGGAUGAACGCUGUCCGGACAUGGAUGCAGGUUGCCGGUGUGUUGGAUGCGAACACAGCCGCUCAGAGUGGAGUGGGUCUUGCUCGAGCACACUUUGAGAAGCAACCUCCUUCAAAUCUUCGCAAAUCCAACUUCUUCCACUUCGUUUUAGCGCUAUACGACAGACAAGGACAACCCGUGGAAAUUGAAAGGACUUCUUUUGUUGGAUUUAUUGAAAAAGAAAAGGAAUCUACCGGAGAAAAGACCAACAAUGGGAUCCAUUACAGAUUGCAGCUUCUUUACAGCAACGGCAUCAGAACAGAACAGGACUUUUAUGUACGCCUGAUUGACUCCAUGACCAAACAGGCAAUUAUCUAUGAAGGGCAAGACAAAAACCCAGAGAUGUGCAGGGUCCUGCUGACGCACGAGAUCAUGUGCAGCCGCUGCUGUGACAAGAAAAGUUGUGGCAAUCGCAACGAGACGCCCUCUGACCCGGUCAUCAUUGACAGGUUUUUCCUGAAAUUCUUCCUCAAAUGCAACCAGAACUGCCUAAAGAAUGCAGGGAACCCACGAGACAUGCGGCGAUUUCAGGUGGUGGUGUCUACGACGGUGAGCGUGGAUGGACACGUCCUGGCUGUGUCUGAUAACAUGUUUGUUCACAAUAACUCUAAACAUGGACGCAGAGCUCGCAGGCUGGACCCAUCUGAAGGCAAUCCAUCAUACCUGGAACACGCUACCCCUUGCAUUAAGGCCAUCAGUCCCAGUGAAGGCUGGACGACAGGGGGUGCCACAGUCAUCAUCAUUGGUGAUAACUUCUUUGACGGCCUACAGGUCAUCUUUGGCACCAUGCUGGUCUGGAGUGAGCUCAUUACCCCUCACGCCAUCCGAGUUCAGACUCCUCCCAGACACAUUCCCGGGGUUGUGGAGGUCACUCUGUCUUACAAGUCAAAGCAGUUCUGCAAAGGUACACCAGGCAGAUUUAUCUACACAGCACUGAAUGAACCCACUAUUGACUACGGUUUCCAGCGGCUACAGAAGGUGGUCCCUAGACACCCAGGCGACCCUGAACGCUUACCAAAGGAGGUGAUUCUGAAGAGGGCAGCAGACCUGGUGGAAGCUCUGUAUGGGAUGCCACACAAUAAUCAGGAGAUCAUUCUGAAAAGAGCAGCAGAUAUCGCAGAGGCACUCUACAACGUCCCACGUGGACACAACCAGCUGCCAGGUCUGGCCAACAGCUCAGUCCACGCUGGCAUGAUGGGAGUCAACUCCUUCCAUGGCCAGCUCGCUGUCAAUGUCUCUGAGUCCGCACAAGGAGCCAAUCAGGGUUUCAGUCGAAACACAAGCAGUGUAUCCCCUCACGGUUAUGUACCCAGCACGACACCCCAGCAGAGUAGCUACAGUACCGUCUCUACUAGUAUGAAUGGAUACGGCAACACAGGCAUGACCACGCUGGGAGGGUCGCCCAACUUCCUCAAUGGCUCUGCUGCCAACUCUCCUUAUGCCAUUGUUCCUUCCAGUCCCACCAUGGCCUCCUCCACCAGUCUUCCCUCCAACUGCAGCAGUUCCUCAGGCAUCUUCUCUUUCUCUCCGGCCAACAUGGUGUCUGCAGUCAAACAGAAGAGCGCUUUUGCUCCCGUCGUGCGGCCCCAGGCCUCACCGCCCCCCACCUGCACCAGUGCCAAUGGAAACGGCCUCCAAGUAGAUCAAUCUUUUGUGGACUCUAGCAAGUACUCCACCGCCAGCUCCCUGCAGGGACUGGCCUUCUCCUGAAUGAUCCCAGGGAUGAUUGUUCCUCCCAUGUAGGGGCUCCUGGGCCGCUGAAGAGGCACAUUUGAUUUCAGCUCUCGCCAGAGAAUCUACUCUCUGGGCUGAAGGCAAUUUCUGGUGGAGGAGACAUGAAAACUGAACUUUUAAAACUCAGG